AUGGUGGAGAUUUCACAACUGAAUGACGAUCUAUUAGGUCACAUCCUGAAACGGGUCAGCGAACCAGGUGAUCGGAAACGGGUGUCCGAAGUCUGCAAACAAUGGUUGACAGUCGAGGGUCUAACCAGAACGUCGCUCAAUCUUCUCCGACUCAGUUUUCUCCGUCAGGUACUUCCUCGAUUCCCGAAUCUAGUUACAUUCGAGACAUCCGAGCUUAUCGAGAAGGAAGCGGACCUCAAGUUCUUAGCCCAAACAUGCCGUAAACUGGAGGCCAUCGAUCUCAGCACCACAAAAUACAGCUCAAGGUCAUUACCGACGAGCGGUCUUUACGGUUUGUCAAGUGGCGGCGGCCUUGCGAAACUGUCCAAGCUUUCGGUCAGAGGGAGGCAGAAUGUAGCCACUGAUAUUUGGCUACAUAGGGUUGCUAAUUUGACUUAUUUGGAUUUGGGAAACUGCAGGGUGGUCGAUGACGAUUCGGUUGAAGCAAUUGGGCUUCUAUGCACUUGUUUGAGCUAUUUGAAUUUGGAAAGAUCCAAUAUUUCGAACAAAGGUUUGAGAUCGUUGGCACAUGGAAGUUGCUCAAAAACCCUGGAGACAUUGGUGCUUGCUGAAUGCUGUCGUAUAAACGACUCCGGGAUCUCGCAUUUGCAGAAUAUGCAAUGCUUGGAAGAGCUGGAUUUGGAAAGCUGCGGCUGCGGGUAUCGAAACGAUGUCACUGAUGUUGGAGUUAUAGCUGCAACCUCUGGAAAUCGAUCCCUCAAGAAGUUGAACUUGAGUUGGUUGAGGAAUGUAUCAGACCAAAGCAUGGUGUUUCUUGCUGAGAAUUGCCCCAGCUUAGAGAUUCUUGAUGUAAGUGGUUGUUGUGUAACUGGUGCGGGGAUUCGUGCACUUUCCAGUCACAGGUGCCUAAAGACUCUUGUUUUGGGAAUCUCUCCUAAAGUCUCUUUUCGUUGGCCCGAUGUCGAGCACUUGGUGCUUGGAUGCCACUCACUCAAGUCUAUCGUCCUGCCUAAUAAGAUCAAAGCAACCAUUCCUGAUAGCCUUAGCAGAAUUGUGACGUUUGUUGAUGAUUAUUGA